AUGUAUCCAAAAUCAGACGUCACAGUCGACGCCUCGAAGUUCGAUCGCAGCGGCAUCGACAAACAAACACUGGAGUUCAACGAGAAAUUGAUUAAGAUUUGGGCGGAUGGACCGAGGUGGUAUGAGGUCGGCGCAUCAUCCUACCGCCAGAUGCGCUGGGAAGGCAAAACCCCCCUCCCCAAACCCGUCGUCCUCCCCGAAGGCUACAACGGCACGCUCCCUUCCCGAGAUGCCGGAAGGGAGAUACCGUAUAGGGUUUUUAAACCGAGCAAUGGGGUGGUGAGCAGGGGGAUUCAUAUGCAUAUUCAUGGUGGGGGGUGGGUGUUGAUGAGUGAGGCUUAG